GGUGCCCGGCUUUCUCCCCGGGGGGCGGGAGCGCGAGCCGCGGCGCAGGACACUCCCCCGACCGGCUCCUGCGGGCGCCCGGGUGGCCGGCCCUGGUGGCCGACGCCGGGUCCUUGCCCCGCGGCCGCCGAGCCGUUCGCACCUCGCCCGGGGGCCCUCCGGGAGCCGGUCCCCGCCGUCCCCGCCGCGCCGGCCGUAUCGCUCCCAGCAUCUCGGCGAGUUUCCAGUUUCUCCCCACUUCGGGAGGGAACCGAGGAGCAGGAGGAGUUCAGGUCCGAAGUGCUCCCCACCCUCCUGCCAAAGUCCCCAGAAGUGGCGCGAGCACUUGCAGCCCACCUAAGGCGAGGGGACAGAGGAUGAAGAAAGAGGCAACUUUCCGGAAUUUUUGUUGGAGUAUACACACCUCCCAGGAGCAGACCACUGGGCUGGGGAGCCGACCCCACCUGGGGCAAGAGGCGGACAUGUGGAAAAGCCAGGUGAAGACACAAUGAGAAGGCAGCCAUCUGCAAGCCAGGAAGGGAGCCCUCACCAGGAACUGCAGAGGCUGGCACCCCAAUCUUGGACUUCCAGACUGCAGAACUGGGAGAAAAUAAAUGUCUGUUGUUGAUGCUGCCCGGUCUGUGGUGUUUUGUCAUGGCAGCCAUGGCAGGCAACACCCUUCCCUGCCCUGUGGUCUCCAAGCUUCAGCCUCAGA